AAACGAGCCCAACACAAUGUCCUGGAGAGGAAGAGGAGAAGCACUUUGAAAGAGUUGUUUUUUUCAUUACGAGACGCUGUACCAUCCAUGAAAGGAAAUGGAAAGUUUUCAAAAGUUUCAAUCCUUGAAAAUGCAACUACUCACAUAAACUGCCAAGAGAUGGAUUUGCAGAGGUUGGAUGAAGAGUUUGCCAGGCUGAAGAGGGAGAAUGCUGAACUCCAA